UGCCAGCGAUUUUGGUACAAUUGUAUUCAGAAAUUAGAAAUAGAUUAGGAACGGAUAAUGAAACGGAUUUCUAAACUCGGAAGAACUGCAUCUGCUUUAAUAUAAAUACCAGCAACGAAUUGAAAGGAAAAAUAUCUCAUACGAGCUUUCUCUCGCACGUGUAUCAAUAUCACAGACUCGCCCCAUCCCUAGCCGUAGCCCCAGCCCCAUCUCAUCGCCGCGGCGCCCAGCCACCGCUACAGCUCGUUGACGCUGUACCCUACCAACUGUCGCCGCUCAUCGUCGCGUCAAACUGGUGAUUCCAAAACACACCGUGUCGUUUAAUAUCAAAGUUAUCCGUUUCCCUUUCGUUUUUCUCUGUCUUCCCCGCUUCCCAAACACACCGUGUCCUUUAGGGCCUAAACCAGUUUUUAUGAUUCAAUCAUCUAAGUAGGAAGAGAGAGAGCGUGAAAGAAGAGGCAUAAAAUGAACCCAUUGACGCUGGUGAAGCGAAUACAGAACAUAAAUUCGAGAGAAGCAGAGUUAGGGAUAACAGAUGAGGCAUCAUGGCACGCCAAAUACAAAGAUUCUGCUUACUUUUUUGUUGGUGGCAUUCCUUUCGACCUAACUGAAGGCGAUUUACUAGCCGUCUUUUCUCAAUAUGGGGAGAUUGUUGAUGUUAAUCUAGUUAGAGACAAGGGCACUGGUAAAUCAAAAGGGUUUGCAUUUAUUGCAUAUGAGGAUCAAAGAAGUACAAAUCUUGCUGUAGAUAAUCUGAAUGGAGCACAGGUUGCUGGUCGGAUUGUAAGGAUUGAUCAUGUUAGUAACUACAAGAAGAAAGAAGAGGAGGAUGAAGAAACAGAACGUCAGAAGAGAGAAGCCAGAGGUGUGUGCCGUGCCUUCCAAAGAGGUGAAUGUACUCGGGGAGCUAGCUGCAAAUUUUCCCAUGAUGAGCAAAGAGCUGCAAACACAGGAUGGGGUCCUCAGGAUAAUAGCCUAAGAUUUGGACAUGACAAGUUUGAGGGUCCAAAGAGGAGUGAUAAAAGAUCUAUCAAUGAAAGGCACUCAGAGAUCCACCUUAAACAAAGUGAUAGGAGGGAUGGCAAUGGACUAAGAAGGCAUGAUGAUAAUGAGUUUGAGCGAAAGCCAAGAGAAGAUCAUCAUUGGAGAGAUGGGAAGAGAGCAAGAAGGCAUGAAGAUGAUGAAUUUGAGCAAAAGCCAAAGGAAGGUUAUUAUAGGAGAGAUGAUAAGAGAUCGAGAAGGCAUGAAAACAAUGAAUCUGAGCCAAAAUCAAGAGAAGAUUAUCCAAGGAGCAGUGAAAACAGAUCAAUAAGGCGUGAAGACGGUGAAUUUGAGCCGAAGUCAAGAGAAGAUGAUUAUGAUUAUUUGCAUCCCUCUCAUUUGCUUUUGUCUCAUUAAAAGAUUCCUCCAUCUAAUUCUAAGUUUUGAACCAUUAAAAUUAAGUGAAAAUACCCAAAUACCCUUGAAUGUUAUUUCAUCGUGUAUUAUUUGCAUCUGACAAUCUAACAACUAUCUAACAGAAACCUUCCAUCUUCCAAAAA